UGUGAGUUGCAGACGGACAUAGUUCGCCGAAGAAAUUAUAUAAGCGUGCUGUCUACUUUAUUUCAUAUUAUGGCGCCGACGGACGGCUACUGGGGGAAAGUGACAUCAACUAUUGACUGGUGUGAAGAAAACUACGUUGUCAAUAGAUAUGUUGCUGAAUUUUGGAACACAAUCUCAAACAGCAUCAUGAUAUUUGCUCCAAUGUUUUCUGUUUACUUGGCUGUCAAGCAGAAUCUUGAAAAGCCUGUGAUCUGUUCCAACAUGAGUGUCAUUGUGGUUGGUGUUGGCUCAUGGGCCUUCCAUAUGACACUCCAGUAUAGUAUGCAACUUCUUGAUGAACUUCCAAUGAUCUGGGGAUCUGCAUUUCUAAUCUAUGGAAUUCUAAUGAUUGAAUCAAAAGAAGGCGAGACAAACAAGCAGUUGCUAGCCUUUUUGUUCUGCUAUGCGGCUGUUGUGACUGCUGUCUACCUUAUAAAUAAAAAAUCCAGUCUUUCAUGA